UCCACACACGCGUGCGCGCACACACACUGCUCUGCGUAAAGCUCAUACUCACGCGUCUUUACAUCGCUCGCCUCAUUUAAAAAAUGCAGUGCAAACUAUGAAGUCCAUUUGUUUAAUUUGAUGGUUAAAUGUAGUUUCAUACAGACUAUGUUUUUAUUUGUGUAGUCGCUCUUCGGCAGACAGGCUAUAGAGGAAACAACGUGCUUUGAAUACAGAGCAGACUUUCUCUCAUACCGCCCGGGCUCGAGCCAAUGCCAUAAAACAGAGAAAUACUACCAUAUAUACUAACGAAGCGCAUUAUACUUUAAUUUUCAUUAAAGGACUCGUCUAUCUUUUGGGGACAUCAGCCUGCGGGCAAUUCGAGAAGACGAAGAGCGUCUACCUUUUGCGGAAGAGGGGAAAUAACGUAAAACAAGUACAUCAGGAGCGCAGCAGAUACAGUAUAUCUCGCAUUGAGAUGCUUAAGUGAUUUUUACCAGACUCAUGGCUUCGCUUUAUCAGAGAUUCUCGGGAAAGAUUAACACCAACAAAUCUUUUCCUCAUCCACCUGAAGCCAGCCAUCUCUUGGGUGGACAGGUCCCUGAGGAUGGGAAUAAGGCUGGGAAGAGUCCCUCAUCCCGACCUCCUGCCCAGUACCGCAAGAAAACCGCCUGCGAGGAAGAAGACGAGCUGGUUGGCAGCAGUCCUCCACAGAGAAACUGGAAAGGAAUUGCCAUAGCACUGCUGGUUAUUCUGGUCAUCUGCUCUCUGAUCGUCACAUCUGUUAUCCUGCUGACACCAAAUGAGGAUGACAGUCUGGCCUCUAAGAAGAAAGUCACUAUUGAGGACAUCUUCAAUGGACGGCUUCGAGCACACGAUCCUGAGGCUACAUGGCUUACUGAUUCUGAACUGCUGUACCGUACACGUGAGGGUGAUGUGGUCAAACUAAAUGUGCUGACCAACACUACAGAGGUUCUGGUGAAGAACAAGAUGUUUGAGAGUUUUCGCAACCAGGGGUCCUACAAGCCAACCAAAUACCAAAUCUCUCCUGAUCGAAAAUAUGUGCUGUUGGCCUACAACAUUGUCCCGGUUUAUCAAUAUUCCUUCAUGGCCUCUUACAUCAUCUGCAGCCUCGAAACUCCGGAAAAACUGGAAUUGACCCCUAAUGAAGUACAGAACACUGCACUCCAGUAUGCUGGAUGGGGCCCAAAAGGACAACAACUGAUUUUCAUCUUUGAGAAUAACAUCUACUACAAAGCACGAGUGAACAGUCCAUCAAUCCGCCUGGUUUCCACAGGCAGUCAAGGGGUCAUAUUUAAUGGACUCGCCGACUGGCUCUAUGAAGAGGAGAUCUUUCAGAAUCAUAUCGCCCACUGGUGGUCACCCGACGGUCUCAGAUUGGCAUAUGCCACCAUCAACGAUACUCUGGUACCCAAGAUGGAGCUACCCAUGUUCACAGGAGCACCGUAUCCUACAGGACAAGAGUAUCGCUAUCCCAAAGCUGGAGAGGAAAACCCUGGUAUCUAUUUAUCAGUGGUGAGUUUGAACGGUCCAUUACACACAGUGAGGAUGAGAAAACCAGAAGACCCCAGAAUCAGGAAAGAGUACUACAUCACCAUGGUAAAAUGGGCAACCAGCACUAAGCUUGCAGUAAACUGGCUGAACCGUGCACAAAACAACUCCAUCCUGACCUUGUGUGAAGCCACCACAGGCAUCUGCACCAAGAAACAUGAAGAUGAGAGUGAAAGCUGGCUCCACAGACAGAACGAACCUCCGUUGUUCUCCAGAGAUGGGUUCAAGUUUUUCUUCACCCGAGCCGUUCCACAGGGAGGUCGGGGAAAGUUUUUCCACAUAUCAAUGUCCACAUCGCAGCCCAACAGCAGCACAGACACAUUGCAGUCUCUGACAUCAGGAGAUUGGGAUGUGACGCAGAUAUUGGCAUACAAUGAAAAUACCAAACUUGUAUACUUUCUGAGUACAGAAGAUGAUGCGAAACGGCGUCAUCUCUACAGUGCAAACACUACAGGCUCCUUCAACAGACGCUGUUUGUCCUGCGAGUACAGCUGCGGAUACGUCACUGGAGCUUUCAGUCCUGAUGCAAACUACUUCCUGCUCAACUGUAAAGGCCCUGGUGUACCACACACAGCAGUGUACAGCACAAGAGAUGGACACUAUCAAAAACUGUUGGAUGUGGAGGCCAAUAAUGUGUUGAACAUCACAGUGAACAACACGCAGAUGCCCAAAGUAGAGUACAGAAAAAUCAGUGUAGAUGACUACUGUCUAAACAUCCAGAUUCUGAGACCAGCUGGGUUUAUAGAAACGGCUCAUUACCCAUUACUGCUGCUGGUGGAUGGCACCCCUGGUGGACAGGUAGUGACGGAGCAGUUUGAGGUGGACUGGACCACGGUACUGGUCAGCUCCUUCAACACUAUAGUCAUGCGUCUGGACGGCCGCGGCAGUGGUUUCCAGGGGACAAACCUCCUUCAUCAGGUUAAGAAGAAAUUGGGGGAGUUUGAAGAGAGAGACCAGCUAGAAGCUCUUAGAAGUAUAUCAACACUGCCAUACAUUGACAAAUCCAGAAUUGGAGUUUAUGGAAAGGCGUAUGGUGGAUAUUUGGCCAGCCGACUUUUACGUUCAGAUGAACCUCUAAACGUGUUUAAAUUCAAAAUCAAGUGUGGCACAGCCGUCUCACCCAUUACAGAUUUUAGCUUAUACGCUUCUGCAUUUUCUGAAAGAUACUUAGGAUCACCACAGUUUAAUAAGCGAGAAUAUGAGAUGGCACGUUUAGCAGACCACAUAGAGCAACUAAAGGACAAGAAACUCAUGAUAAUUCACCCAACAGCUGAUGAGAAAGUCCAUUUUCAGCACACAGCGAAAUUUAUCACCCAUAUGAUAAAUGAAAAGGCUAACUAUACAUUACAGAUCUACCCAGAUGAAGGUCACUUUAUUCACUCUAAAGAUUCGCAGCAACAUCUGAGUCAGACACUGGUCAACUUUUUUGUGGAAUGUUUCAGACCACCGGAGAUAAUAACCGAGGACAAACCGGAGCAGGACAAUGAAGAUGAUGGUUAAACUGGUUUUGCUAUCCCUGAAAAAACAGCUUACAGCCCAAUAUGCAAACUCUUCCCGCCAUUACAACCUCUUUCAUUCCCCUGUUAGUUUUGAUGGGUUCUCCUGAGCCUCUGCAUGAACCACGCCCCUCAGCUCUGAUUGGCUCAAUAGCUUCAAGAAAGAGUUUGAAUGACUUUGUGGUUAAAGAACCCAUGGAGAACCAGGUCAUAUUCAUCAGUAAUGCACAAGCGGUGCACGAAGACUGGAUUCGCUCGCCCUCCCUUUGCUUGUGUUAUUUGUGUUCAUGUAUUGCUGAUGGGAAGCUUUAAGAGUUGAGCACAAUAUACAGACGAGUCAUUUGCAGGAAAAGCUGCAAGUUACUCGAUACUCUUCUUUUACCUUGUGUAUCCUUCUGAUGUUCAUGGUUAUUACACAAACUCUUUUAAUUGGAUAUACGUCAAUGUUACUCAUUUGUUUCUCGCUUCGAUGUCAGACUUGGGACAGAUUUUUGUCUGAAUUGUUUAUAAAUCCAUUCUUAGAUCCAUUUGUUAAUCGUUGUGUGGUAUUAAACGUGCCAAUUUACACAAAAACGGAUUUAUAUCAUUUAAAAAUGUACUCAUUUUAAGCAGAAUGAAUUUGUGUAAAUAAAUAGUACAACCCAGUGGUUCUCAAACUCUGUAGGGUGUAGGGUGCACCCCUCAUGGGCCCCCAAAGACAAUUAAUGACAUAUAAAACAAUCUCAAGAAUAGUAUUUAAAUUAAACAAAACAUAUUAAAUGAUAUCCGGGUUUUUGCUUGGUUUAAAAUGAGGUGGUGCUGAUGCACGCGCACACACACACACACACACACACACACACACACACACACACACACACGUAUCCUAGCCCAACAACACACAUUACAUGGCGACAUAUUUUUAAUGUUCAGUAAUUAAAUGAUUAAAGAAAAUAACAAUUAUUCACUUUUUUAUUUUAUAAAACAUUAUAUUAAUUAAAAACAACAUGGCAGCAGAGUUCAUUUACAGUGAAUUAAGCAGGGGCCGGUUACCGGUUUCAAGGUAUACCGAGGUUUUAAAGAGUCACGGUUUCAAAACCACUAAAAUUGUAUGUGAUACCGUUUCAAGGUAUAAGCUGUGUUUACACAAAAAAUAAAUAAUAAUUAAGCCAUGUAAUUGAUUUGAUGUUUACAUUUAAUAUUAUUAAUAUUAAUACAUUCUAAUUUGAUAAUUUUUAUAAUUUGUUGAAAGAAUAUAUUAUAACUUAAGGCCUUAUUUUUAACUGGCAUACAUUCUGUAUGUUGUUUAAAAAUAAAAUGUAUUUUGUCCAGUUGAAAAGUUGUUGUUUGUAUGCAGACAUUUGAAAAUAACACAUUUUAGUGUUGCAAUGGCAAUACUGAAACACCGUGAAACCGUGGUAUUUUUGCUUAAGGUUAUCAUACUGCCAAAAUCUCAUACCGACCCAUGCCUACAGUGAACAAACAGCAUAGUUGUUAAAAAUUAAAUUAAAUAUAAUUUUGCAGUCUGACAGCUGAUGUGCACAGUCAUAAACAUCAUCUGUCACUUUUCUCUGUCAUCCUUUCAUCCACUCUUGACAAAGAAAACGAUUUGUCCUACCUUCAUUGCUCAAUAUAAUAAACAAGAUCCUAAUCCUUUCCGGUCAAAACGACUGAUUUCUACUAACCUACGUUUAAUUUCACUUAAUUAAUCAUUUCAAUUUGUCAAUAAUUUGCAUUAUUUGUGCUACGUGUUUAAAUACUAAAAAAUCUUAAAUGCAGAGAAAUGCAAAGCUUGUUUACAUCCUCUGUUAUGCUUUUCACUCACUGAUUCACUGAGCUUUAUUUAAUUCGCUUGUUAACUCUUCAUUAAAACGAAGCGGUUCAAAAGAGUCACUCAUUUACGAGUCAUUGUGGACUAACUGAACAAUUUUAUGCAUGAAAAAUUACUGCAUCAGCUUGUGUUUCUAAUAAUUCACCUGCACAAUAUCGACGAAUAUUUUUUAAAUAAGGAAUAUACAUAAAUUCAGGAAAAUAGAAGACAAGUUACAGACAGAAUUUAACUUGCAGACAAUUGAGUAAUAAUAUCGACGAAUAUAGCUAAUACAGCUCCUAAUAUGUCAGCGCCUCACUCUGCUGACAACAGAACAGCGCCCCACAGUGGCGUAAAGCCGCAACUGCACUUGCACAUGAUAAUCCACUGAGCGCAAGGAUUGUUCGUGUUUUCCAUGAGGAAAGAUGACAGAGAAACCUGUCAACAGCUAAAAUCUUUAUACAAAAAAACCCCUGGAUACGAUGUACACAGAAUUUAUGAUAAAAUAAUGUAUUUAUUAAACGCCCCGGCAUCUCUCGCCCCCAGUUUGAGAACCACUGGUAUAACCAUCAGCUGCAUUCACGAAACACGAGCAGAAAACUUUGUGUAAAUUGUAUAAAACCAUCUUAAGCUCAAUUGUUGCUUUAAAGGCAAGGUAUCCUUAAAAUGCUUAUUUUAGCCAACUAGCAUAGAAAUUACGAUCCAUUUAUUUAAAUCGUCUCCUCCACAGGAACACGCACAGACCGGUGUAGCAGCCGAUUCUGUUCCCCUUUGGAAUUCCUGUUCCCCCUCGAAAAAGUGUUUCUCCUGACGGCGCAUGGGCAAGCGCGUAAGCACAGCUGGGUGUACGGAAAGCGAGAAAGCCCAAAAAGUCUUUGCGCUUUAUUUAAAUGUCUUUCUACAGUAGCGCACAAAAAUAUUCUCACAAUCCAUUGUAUAUUAUGUGCAUAACAGUUUUUUAAUUGGGUUAUUUACUCUAUUUGUUGAAAAAUGGUGAUGUCCUUUUUAUUUAUUAUAUGUGCAUAUGGUCACUGAAAGCAGGUGUUUGUGUUAGUUUGUUUUAGUUUUGGUUUAUGUAUUUUUAUAUAUAUAAGGGUCAUUAGUAGUGGGUCGUGGCCUUCUAUUUGACUGUACGUGUGCUUUUUCUUACAUAUUAUUUAUUUUAAUGUAUAAAAUGUGUUUACACCAUAUUUUGUUUUGCUACUUUAAAUUGUACUGCUUACAUGAACGGUUUUGUAA